AAAACUAAAUAUAUGCUAGCUUUAAAUCAAAAUUAUAAUCAAGCAACUAAUAAUUCUAGUAGACUUAUAGCUUAUAUAGUUAAUAAAAGAAAAUAUACUGAGGUUGAUGAACUUAUAAAAUAUUUACAAGAAUCUCCAUCAAAUUAUAAUAUAGAUAUAUUAAUAUUUUGGAAG